CGGGCUAUGCGCAUGCGCGCUGCGCUCCCCGGGGCAGCAUGGAGGCGGCGGCCGGCGUGGCGUGCAUCCGCGCGGGGUAUCUCUCCUCCAAAGAGCAGUUCCACACAUAUCUUAAAGCAGAAAGGGAAUCCAGGAAUCAGGAAAUCAAUCAGGUUGAUGGGGAGCAAGAGUCUACCAGCAAUGACCAAAAUGAGCCUCCAGCCAAACGACUGAAGCUGGACAGUGGUGAUCAAGUUGGGAAGGAAGAAAGCCAAGGAGAAGUUGAGGAAGGUGCAAGAGGGAGGGAGGAACCCCGGGAAAGGAAGAGAGCCCGAGGACAGAACAAGAAUCGGCCAUGUAUGAAGCCAAAUCAUUAUGAAAAGAACAGGCUGUGCCCAUCAGUAACCCAGGAACAUGCAGAGAAUUGCCGCUUCGGCUCACAGUGCCGCUUCCUACAUGAUGUGGGGGAGUACAUGGCUGUGAAGCCUGCCGAUCUCGGAAAGAGCUGCGUGCUCUUCCAGACCUUUGGGAAGUGUAUUUAUGGAGUCACUUGCCGCUUUGCUAAGACCCACCUUGGGGAGGAUUACAGGAACCUGGUUAAUGAGGACCUUAUGAAGCAGUGGGAAGGGAAAUCACAGGUGAGGAACAACCUCAGCAAGGAGCUCCAACAGCAGCUGCGCAAGAAGAAGGUUUGCUUUGAAAAAGCCAACAAGUACCUUUGUCAACUGGCCAAGGCUGGCAGCAAAGGGGGAAAUAAAGCCACAAGUGGCUCAGCAGGGGAGAAGGGGGUGACAAACUGCACAGCAUCCAGGAGCAGCCCUGAGAGUGUGGGUUUGAAACAUGGAGAGGAAGCACAAGAUCUUCAGGUACCAACAGAGGGUGGAGAUGCUCCCAAACCAGUGGCUCCACAAAGCCCUUGCCCCACGAGUGAAUUGGAGAACUCUGCUGUCAAAACAAUAGGUUCUGUGACUGAUGAGGAUAUCGUAAAACUACGGCCAUGUGAGAAGAAAACGUUGGAUAUCCAAGGCAAACUCUACCUGGCUCCCUUAACCACGUGUGGUAAUCUCCCUUUCCGGAGAAUAUGCAAGCGCUUUGGAGCAGACGUCACUUGUGGAGAAAUGGCUGUGUGCACAAACUUGCUUCAAGGCCAGUCAUCCGAAUGGGCUCUCUUGAAGCGGCAUUGCACGGAAGACCUCUUUGGAGUGCAGCUGGAGGGUGCAUUUCCUGACACCAUGACAAGAUGUGCAGAGCUCCUAAAUCAGAAUAUUGAGGUGGAUUUUGUAGACAUCAAUGUUGGCUGCCCAAUUGAUCUGGUGUAUAAAAAGGGAGGUGGUUGUGCCUUAAUGACCCGUUCCAACAAGUUUGAACAGAUUGUCAGAGGGAUGAACUCGGUACUGGAUGUUCCUCUGACUGUGAAGAUAAGGACUGGUGUGCAAGAAAAAGUCAACCUGGCUCAUAAAGUAAUCCCCAGCCUCCGGGAGUGGGGAGCUUCCAUGGUUACGCUUCAUGGACGAUCUAGAGAACAGCGUUACACAAAGGUUGCAGACUGGGAGUACAUAGCAGAAUGUGCUAAAAUAGCCAGCCCAAUGCCUCUAUUUGGAAAUGGCGAUAUUUUAUCUUACGAAGAUGCUAAUCAAGCCAUGCAGACUGGAGUUUCGGGAAUUAUGAUUGCAAGAGGGGCUUUGAUCAAACCCUGGAUUUUCACUGAAAUCAAGGAACAAAGACACUGGGACAUCUCUUCCAGUGAAAGGUUUGAUAUUCUCAAAAACUUCACCAAUUAUGGCCUUGAACACUGGGGCUCAGACAGCCAGGGAGUGGAGAAAACCAGGAAGUUCAUGCUGGAAUGGCUGUCAUUCUUGUGCAGGUACAUUCCAACUGGCUUAUUAGAAUAUCUACCUCAGAAAAUCAACCAGCGACCGCCUUACUAUAUGGGGAGAGACUAUCUGGAGACAUUAAUGGCAAGCCAAAAUGUGGAUGACUGGGUUAAAAUAAGUGAGAUGCUCUUGGGACCGGUUCCUACAAACUUCACCUUCCUACCCAAACACAAGGCGAAUUCUUACAGAUAGUACUGACCAGGAAAUCCUUAAACCAGCAGAUCAAGAGAAGACUAUGAAGUGCUCUGGUGAGAUACAGAUGACCCUACUGUGCUUGGGAACCAAAUAAAAUGUUAUGGGUCUUUUUAUUUUUUUA